GGGGGAUGUCAAGGCGCUGGAGCGGGCGGGCGGUGCGUGAACCGAAGAAAGCGGGAGCGUCACGUGACCUUCCCUUCCUUUCCAGCCAAUAGGCGCCCUCGCCCUGCCUUCCCCGAGGCUUUAUAAUCCGUGGCGCGUCACAAAAAAUGCCCACGACGGAAGGAAGCCGUCACGCCGUUGGUUGGAGCGUUCCCGUCGUGCGACGCUCUUGUGAAGGAUCGCGUCAGGCGCGCGCACACACGCUGCGAACGGCGACGGCUCCUCGGGGCGCGGUGGAGGGUGGGGCGGGACGAGGGGGCGGCGGCGGCGGUGGCGGUGGCGGUUGGUGCUGAGUUGUGUGGCUCUCCUGCGGUGAGGGGAGAGCGGGCGAGCGAGUUUAAGAAGAGCGCGCUGCAUCCCCGCUCUCCGGUUUCCCGCUGACCGAGCGGGGUGCCGCCUCCCCGCCUGCAGCUGACCAGGAGAAUGUGUGUGUGUCCUGGGCCCAGGCGGAUUGCAAUUCCAGUCAGGAGCCCCAGGUUGCCUUUGUUUUCGGAUGCCAUGCCAGCACCAACUCAACUAUUGCUCCCAUUGAUUCGCAACUGUGAGAUUGGCAGGAUAUACAAUACUGCAUGUUACUGUCACCACAAGCAUCUGUGCUGUUUUUCACCUCACUUAACUCACAAUCACUUGAGAUAUGUCCCGCAGAAGAAGCUUGCAACACUCUGUAGACCAAAGGAGAACUUGACUCAGUUAAUUCAUGCAAGGAACUAUGUCUCCACACCACAGAGAUUUUACCUCACACCUCCACAGGUCAACAGCAUUCUGAAGGCAAAUGAAUACAGUUUCAAAGUUCCAGAGUUUGAUGGCAAAAACUUAAGUUCUGUCCUUGGCUUUGAUAGCAACCAACUUCCAGCCAAUGCCCCCAUAGAAGACCGGAGAAGUGCAGCCACAUGCUUACAAACACGAGGGAUGCUCCUUGGUGUGUUUGAUGGCCAUGCAGGCUGUGCAUGUGCGCAAGCUGUCAGUGAAAGAUUGUUUUAUUACAUAGCAGUUUCUCUGUUACCCCAUGAGACUUUACUUGAAAUAGAAAAUGCUGUAGAGAGUGGCAGGGCCCUAUUGCCCAUCUUACAAUGGCACAAGCACCCCAAUGACUAUUUCAGUAAAGAAGCCUCCAAACUGUACUUUAACAGCUUACGGACUUACUGGCAAGAACUCAUAGAUCUCAAUACUGGAGAGACAACUGAUGUAAAAGAGGCUCUAAUCAGUGCCUUUAAGAGACUUGACAAUGACAUUUCUUUGGAAGCACAAGUAGGAGACCCAAAUUCUUUUCUCAAUUAUCUGGUACUGCGUGUAGCCUUUUCUGGUGCAACUGCCUGUGUUGCUCAUGUAGAUGGAGUUGAUUUGCAUGUUGCCAACACGGGUGACAGCAGGGCCAUGCUUGGGGUCCAGGAAGAAGAUGGAUCUUGGUCUGCUGUUGCAUUGUCAUAUGAUCAUAAUGCACAGAAUGAAAGUGAGGUUGAACGAGUCAAAAUGGAGCAUCCAAAGUCUGAAGAAAAAAGCGCCGUGAAACAAGAUCGACUGCUAGGCUUACUGAUGCCUUUCAGAGCAUUUGGAGAUGUCAAAUUUAAAUGGAGCAUUGAUCUUCAGAAGAGAGUGAUAGAGACAGGGCCAGAUCAGCUCAAUGACAAUGAGUAUACAAAAUUCAUCCCACCAAACUAUCAUACUCCUCCAUACCUCACAGCUGAGCCAGAGGUAAUACAUCACAAAUUAAGGCCUCAGGACAAAUUUCUGAUCCUGGCUACAGAUGGCUUGUGGGAAACCAUGCACAGGCAAGAUGUGGUUAGAAUUGUAGGUGAGUACCUAACAGGUGUUCAUCAUCAACAGCCAAUAGCUGUUGGAGGUUAUAAGGUAACUCUGGGACAGAUGCAUGGUCUCUUAACAGAAAGAAGAGCCCGGGUCUCCUCAGCCUUUGAAGAUCAAAAUGCAGCAACUCACUUAAUACGUCAUGCUGUGGGAAAUAAUGAAUUUGGCACUGUUGAUCACGAACGGCUGUCCAAGAUGCUCAGUCUUCCAGAAGAGUUGGCUCGGAUGUACAGGGAUGAUAUCACAAUUAUUGUGGUGCAGUUCAAUUCCCAUGUUAUAGGUGCAUGUCAAAAUGAGGAGUUCUAAAUUAUAAACUGAAGUGGAGAACCAAAGUUUUCACAGAACAAAAUGGCCAAUACUGUGAGCAGUAUAGUAAUACUUAUUCAGUUAAUGUCUGGUCAUUGAAAAUAUAGUUGGAGCAGGUAUGCUGUUCAUCUAUCUCUAGAUAGAUAUAAAGAAUAGUGGUCAAAGUGUUACUGAACUAAUUUAAACUAUCAAGAGAACAAAAAAAAAACUCGGGGCAACUUUGCACUAAUCAAUCUUGUUUGAACAUGGCUUAUACUUUAGGGUUACUUGAUAGAAGUAAAGGCUUCAUAUGCAUCAGUGCAAUGUCCUAUAGGACAAAAUCUUAUGUGUAUGUUGCAUGUAAAUAACUGUACAGAUAGGUAUCUCAAUAGCUAUAAAGAAAUUAGAUGUUAAUAACUUGGUUGUAAAUCUGAAUUUGAAUAGGGCUGAUGACUUUUAUAUCUACACAGUAGUUGUGGUGUAUUCCCCUCAGGAAAGGAAGGGAGCUUUUUAACAAGUUGGUAAAUGUCUUGAUAGAAUAUCUAGUUAUCCUCCCUUGGUUGGGCAAUGAUAUCUGAAUUUGAAACAUUUGCCUUGAAAUACAUGCCUAGAAUACCAAUGUUAAAAGUGUAAGUCUUUAAGCCAUAAAAAUCUGAAGCCUGCCCAAAAGUAUUAGAAAUGGAAUAACAUUUUGCAUCAAAUAAGACUCCUUAUAAUAAGAAAAUGUUAUCUUGCACAUUUCAGAGGGCAGUAAAUGAUUGUAAGAUCAGUUAACUGGAGGGAAGUCUAAGGUUUUUUGACAUAUAUUAUGAAGCUGAAUUGUAUCUCUUCUGAAACUUGACCUAGUCUUCAACUAUCUCACAAAACAUUACACUCUCAGCAAGCAACAGUUGUGACUUGUACCAAACCUAUUUCCAGUUGUAAGUCUCUGGUCUUGUGUUGAACCUAAGCAGUCAGUAGUGAUUUUGUAAAGUAAUGUGGUCAUGUAUUUUGUAACUUGAAUUAAAUUUGGUCUUGUGUUAUGGAUGUUUUGAGCAUCACAUAGUGAAAACAUAUUCAUAUAAUGUUGUUCCCAUGGAGACCAUGGGGGGAAAAUAGUGUAAUAUCUGUAAAUAUGUAAAGUAAUUGAGAAAAGGCUGUAUGUUUGUUCAUCCUACUUGCACUGCAGCAGCAACUGUAUUUCCUUGUUUCAAAAUUCUACUAUUACUGUGUACAUUUGCUUACAUUCAAAAUUUCCUAAAACUGCAUGUCUCAUCUUGGGGUCUCUGAUCCUUACCAUAUACAAUGCACUUCUGGAAUUGUUGAGCAAAUGACAACAGCUUUCUCAGCAACUACAAUUUUAAAUUGUCUUGUAUAUAGGUAAGAUUUUUCUAAAUGUAAAGCAAAAUCAGUUGCCUUUUCUUAAAUCAGCUGGCAUUUAUUUAUGAACAAUAUUAGUGUUGCCAUGAUUUGAGAUUCUGCAUUUUUCUCCAUUCUUUGGCUAGUGAUGAAGCACUUGUGGAUUAACAUUAAAAAGCUUUCUGUGCUUCUCUCAUUCUUACAAGUGUUCCAGUGGACCCCUGCGUCACAUAAGUAACAAUUUUCAACUGCUACAUACUUGAAGAGUACCCAUUUUCUUGGUAAUAUCAAUGUCUUUUUAAAAAACAAAAUUUAAGAGCUGGGGAAUACUUACAAAAUACCCUUGGUACAGAACACUAUGUGGUUAUAGCACUUAUAUCUUAGCCCUAAUGUUCCCUUCAUUUUUUUGUACUUUGAGAGUUGUACUUAUCUGUAAAGUAACAAUGAUUUGAAAUGCAAGUAACCGAGUAGAUAAUAGCACCAGCUUUCUGACAUAAGUAUAUAAAGUAAAAAUACCCUGUCUAUAGACAAAAUCUGACUUAGAGUCUAAUAUUCUUGAAGACCUAGCUGCAGCCUUAACAAAAGUAGUGGUCUGUCCUUUGUGUCCAAGAAACUUAAUAAAUAAGUUACCCUUUGUUUAUAUCUUUCCAGGCCCUACUUGAAUGUUCAUCAUAGUGUUAAUGUCAGAAUUGAGCAGUUUAUUCAUCAUUGCUUUAUACAUGAAAUAGGAUUAAAUAUCAUUGUUUAGGUCAAGUUUUUUUAAUGUAUUCUGUCUACAAAAUGGAUCUAAACUGUUACAUUGUUUAGGCUUCCUUGUGUGUUUUGCUUGUGAAAUGUACAGUACAUGUAAAUGUGUCAUUUUGGUUUGGUACCAAGUUUUAACAAAACAAAUUGGACAGUGGUCCUGUAUGUUCGGCACUUGGGGACUAACUUGAUAAGAUGAACAGGAUUUAAAUGAAGACUCCCUAACAUGUAUGCAAUGAACUGAAAUGGCAUUAUGGCUUUCUGAUCAUCACGUGAUUUGAUCCAAGAACAAAUAUCUUUUAGUAGACUUCAAUAAAAUAAUGUCUUGUACAAACAUAUGUACACUAGAA